GAAGAGAAAAAUGACAAUGCAUCUCAAAAAGAUACACCAAUUAAAAACCAAUAUAAUCAAACUCGAGAUACAAACGCACAAAACAUUGAACCAAUGGAUUGGACGCCAACAAAAUCAGAUGGAUCCCUUCCUUCUCCUGUGCGAUCGCGAUCGCGAUCGGGUUCUGAAUCACCUUCUCCUAAUAAGUCGGUUGCUGUCAAUUUAAUUCCGCUUACCGAUUCGAUUACAUUCACUCCUAAAUACUUGCUGUUUACUCCUGAUCAGGAGAUGAAGGGAAAAAAAGAUGUACCUCAUAUACCAAUCUCCCUCAAUGGUAACUCAGUAAUUGGACAUGCUAUAGAUUCGGCGAAAAACCAACCUGAUAGACUUGAGGGACAGACUUCUUCCGGUGCCAUGACGAACAUAGCACGAGUCCAAAAUCCAUCUAUAGAAUCUUCUCAAAAAGCUACGUCAUUAAAUAAAGAAGGAAAGACAGCAGAGAUUGAAUCAAAUAAUAUAGUCCAAAAAGCGGACGAUGAUCAAGUAACAUCUGUCAAUGAUGCUUCAACUUCUGAUAAUGGCAAAAAAGGUUCUACCGAAUCCAAAUCGCAUGAAUUAGAACAUGCUGAAUCGUCUGAAGGAGAUGAACCUGUGACUCCCACCUCAGCAAAUGUUGCACAGACUAACUCUGUAUCGGUGAAACCAACGAAACAUAUAUCAGCUGUUAAACUAGAGAAACGAGAAAUUACAACUAUCGUCAAUAAAACUGAAGUCCACCCCGUAAAAGAAGAGAUUCCUUUCUCUGAUGACUUCAAUAAAGCUAAUGAUCAUAAACCGGUGACCCCAGCGAUCACUCCAGAUUCUAGUCCAAUCGAAGCACCUGCUGACGAUCCAACUAAUAAUUCACAUAGAGUACCUGCGACCGCUGUCCAAAUUCGUGAGAAAGUUUCCUCGCAGGCUUUAGUAGAAACAAAUUCUAAAGUAUCGUGUACGGGUAGUAACGAGAACGUGUAUUAUGUAAGUAACGGGGAAGGUCCAUCUCAUGCCAAUGGAACCGCAAUUACUACCUCUGUUACGUAUCGUAAACGCAAAUUUGACGAAGUAGAUGAUGGGAAUAAUUUAGAGCAAGAGCAAGUGGACAUACUCAAUAAACGAUUAGAAGAAGUAGAAAAGCGGGCCAGUAAACGUAGGAGGUGGGAACUUAUUACCUCUACGGUAAUUGGUAUGGUGGCCGGAGUUGUCAGCCUUGGGGUCGGUGCCUACAUGCUAGGAAAUUGA